AUGUCCUACUGCGGAGAGCUGUGCCUGCCCUGCAGCAACCCCUGCGAGGUGAGCUGCCCUCAGCCCGUGGCCAACGCCUGCAACGAGCUGUGUGUGACCUCCUGCGAGGACUCCAAGGCUGUGAUUUACCCCCCACCCGUCGUCCUGACUUUUCCGGGGCCCAUCCUCAGCUCCUGCCCGCAGGAAAGCGUGGUGGGCAGCUGCAGCCCCCCGGGCAUCGUCGGCCGCUCCUUUGGCUCCGGGGGCUCCCUGGGUUACAGGGGGUACGGAAAUCCUGCUGGUUUGAGGGGCUCCAUCCUCUUUGGAGGUGCCAGCGGUUAUGGGGGCGUGUAA